UUGAAAUCUCGAUAAUCAAUUCUUUGAGACAACUCAUCAAAUAUCACUGAAAUCUGUCCCACUUACUUUAAUAUAUUGGCAAUGAACGUGGAAGAGGAUCCCGAACCUGUGUGGCUGGAAACAGUUACUAUUGGCGGCUUUCGUGUUUGGCAUAUAAUUGCGAUUUGUCUGGGGAUAUCAUUAAGUAUAUUAAUCAUGGUCUGCUGCUGUAUUCGAUUUCGGAUACCACGCACCAAACAGGAAAUAGAGGCGGACUAUCAGCGUAAACAAAUCACGAAGAAAUUCCGAGAAAAACUUCAGCAAAUUAAAAAUUCUGACAUGGAUGAGAUGGACCUGCAAAAAGCCAUCGCGCACAUUCAGGCGGAUUAUUUAUCAGCACAAAACAGCUGUAGCACCAGCGACGCUGAGAAUGCAACCAAAGAUCCAUAUGGCAGUUUAAAAUUUAAGAGCAACAUACAAGUGCCUGCGUAAA